AUUUGUUGGGCUAUAUGAGCAUUCUACUCACCAGAGGCGGUAACGCGGCUCUUCUCCCUUACCUCCCUCGGUUGGCUUCGGUGCGUCGCAAUCUCACCACCGUUACCGUUUCAGCGGCGGCACCACCUCAGAACCGCCGCCACCAACUGGAUAUGUGCCGGGGAAGAUUAACACCCGAACGCUAUUGUGUCGAAGGUAAUGGUGAUGAGUGGAAGGAGAGCGUCGUGGUGGUCAUGGGCGCCACCGGGACGGGGAAGUCGAAGCUGUCCAUCGACCUGGCCACCAUGUUCGCCGGGGAGGUGGUGAACUCCGAUAAGAUUCAGGUGUACCGGGGGCUCGACAUCACUACCAACAAGAUGCCCGUCCCGGAGCGCUGCGGCGUGCCGCACCAUAUCUUGGGGGAGCUCGACCCUGCGGUGAGCGAGCUCCGGCCGGAGGCGUUCCGCGAGAUGGCGGCGGGCGCCAUCGCCGGGAUUGCUGGACGCGGCCUGCUUCCGGUGCUUGCCGGUGGGUCCAACUCCUUCAUACACGCCGCCAUGACCACCAGGUACGACCCUGUGCGGAGCCCGUUCGCGGCGGGCUCGCGGUUGCUGACGAGGAGGGAGGCGCCAGCGCUGAGGUACCGGUGCUGCUUCCUGUCGGUGGACGUGAACGCGGCGGUGCUGGCGGAGCAGCUCGACCGACGGGUGGAGGAGAUGGUGGCGGCGGGAAUGGUGGAGGAGCUGGGGCGGUACUUCGCUGCGGAGGCGGAGGCGGGGGAGUCGAGGCACCCGGGGCUGGGGAAGGCGAUCGGGGUGGCGGAGUUCCGGGAGUACUUCAGGGGGGAGGGGCGGGGAACUGCGGCAGCGUACGAGGCGGCAGUGGCGGCCAUCAAGGCGAACACUAGGCAGCUAGCGGAGGAGCAAGUACGGAAGAUCGAGCGGCUGGUGGAGAUGGGGUGGCCGCUGCGGAGGGUGGAUGCCACCACGGCCGUGGCGGCGCGGCUUGCUGGGGAGGCGGCGGAGGCGGAGGCCGCGUGGGAGAGGGACGUGGCGGGGCCGAGUGCCACGGCGGUGGAACAGUUCCUAGGCGAGGAGGUCCACGUCCAUCAUCAUCACAACAUCGUGUCUCCUCCUCUGCUUUACACUUAGUCGAGCUUUUGGUCGCGAACUGCUUCCUUUUACCCCUUCCCCUUCCUCCGUUCAGAAUAGUAAAAAGGAAACAAACAGAGCAGACAAAAAGAGAAGGAAAGAAAAUGUUUUUUUUUUUUUUUGUAAUUUUGAAUUUUAUUUUUAUUGGCCACAGAAAGAGCGAAAAGAGAAACGAAAAAGGGUGAUUUAUUGUGGGGUUGAAGGGGAAAUGGAGGGUUAAGCGACCGAAGUCGGCGGAUUUGGGCGUGUCAAGUUGCCUCUUUGUUCAGAACAGAACAGAACAGAACAGAGCAGUGGAGGAAAACAACAAAAGAGGUGAACAUGGCGACUGCAGACGCCUCCAUUUACGUCUUCAUCCCUUUCCUAUUUGUUAACCUUAGUGAAUGGAAGCCUGUGAGGCUCUUCCCGAUCGUGCUUUCAGAGUUGAUAGUUAGAGAGAGAGAGAGAGAGCUAAACAUGUGAAAACAACAUAAUUGUACAGUGUUCUGCCACAGAAUCAUUUAAACAGCGCUAGUGUUGCUCAUCUUCUUCCCCACUGAUCCCAUUCUCAUUCCCGACCCCCAAGCUUGACAUGGUGUGGCGGUUGUUGAGGAAGGACGCAUUUACAAAUGAUGCGUGUAGCCCAUAGCCGACCGAGUCUCUAGUGGUAAUGGCAGCGG